GAUGAUGAUGCUACAGCUGAUGAUGAAGAUGGUGAUGAAGAUUAUUAUCAUUUAGAUGAUGUAAAUAAAUUUGCUGUUGAUAAUGACGAUGAUGAUGUUGACGAUGAUGAUGAUAAUAAUAAUGUUGGCGAUAAUGAUGAUGAUGAUUAUUCGUGUGGUGAUGGUGAUGAUAUUUUCUGUUUGGAUGAUGAUGAUGAUGUUUUCAUUGAUUGUGAUGAAGAUGAACAUGAUGUUGAUGACGAUUCGAAUGAUGAGUAUAUUGAAGAUGAUUUAUAUGAUGAUGAUGAUGAUUCAGAUGGUGACUUGGUUUAUGAAGAUGACGAUGAUGAUGACGACGGUGAUGAUGAAAAUGAUGAUGAUGAUGCUGGUGAUACUGAUGUUAACGAUGAUGAUGAUCGUGAUGAUGAUUUGGUCAACGUUGAUGAUGAAGAUGAUUUUGAUUUCGAGGAUGAUGUUGAUGAUGAUGAUGAUGAUGAUGAUAAUCAUGAUGUUGACGAUGAAGAUGAUGAUGAAAGUGAUUAUGAUUUAGAUGAUGUGAAUAAUUUUUUUGUUGAUAAUGACGAUGAUGUCGAUGAUGAUUUUAAUGAUGAUGAUGAUGAUGAUGGUGAUUUUGAAGAUGACGAUGUUGAUGUUGAUGAUGAUGAUGAUGAUGAU